AUGAGUGUAUUGAUGGAAACAUCAUACGGCGAUGUCGUCAUUGAUCUUUUACCUCAUCUCUCGCCUUCUGCAUGCAGAAACUUCUUAAAGUUAUGCACCAUUAAGUACUACAACGACUGCGAAUUCUUCCGUAUCGAGAAGGGAUUCAUAGCGCAGACCGGAGAUCCUACCAAUAAGGGAGAUGGGGGCGAGUCCGUCUUCGCGAAAUGCAAACCCCCCGGCCCAGCGUACCUCAACCUAGAACGUUCCCCGUUUGCUUCACAUGAGCGCAAAGGAACUGUAUCAAUGGCGUCAAGCGUAGUUGGAGGGUCGAGGAAGAUCGGGAGCCAGUUUUUCAUCACUCUAGCGGAUGGCUUGAGCUACCUGGACAAUGACCACACAGUUAUCGGAGAAGUUGUAGAAGGCUUUAACGUUGUAGACAAAAUCGCUGACGCUUUUGUGGACAAAGAUUUUCGGCCGUAUCGCUUGAUUCGAGUAAGGCACACAAUAGUCUUGCACGACCCAUUUGAUGAUCCUACAGGUCUUCCCUCUGAUUGUCCGUCUCCAGACCCAGCACAAGGUGGUCGCGGAGAUCGACUAGGGUCAGACGAUGAAGAAGAAUUUGAAGAAAGUUCUGGUGAAAAGACAAAAAUUCGUCUCAAAGAGCAAGAACAAGAGCGAGAGGCCAGAACUAGAGCGGAGGUCCUUGAAAUUAUAGGCGACAUUCGUGAUGCGGAUAUGAAACCGCCUGAAAACGUGUUGUUUAUCUGCAAACUGAAUCCCGCUACCGAAGCGGAUGAUCUUGAAAUCAUAUUCUCGCGCUUUGGGGAGUGCAAGGCAGACAUUUUGCGUGAUAGGAAAUCUGGAAAAUCGUUGUGCUAUGGCUUCAUUGAGUUUGAGAAGAAAGAACACUGCGAAAAGGCAUAUUUCAAAAUGGAUAGCACUCUCAUCGACGAUCGGAGAGUACGCGUCGACUUCUCUCAAUCGGUCAGCAAGCUCUGGAACGAGGCUAGAAGGGCUAGAAUUUCCAAUUCUCCUGACAUGCCAGGGCUUUUCAAGCACCGUCAAUCGAACACAAAUAGCAACCCAUGUUCACGCCCGGAGGCUGAUAAGUUUAUUAGAAGGUCAGAUGUCACUCAAGCUCUAGAAGCAGACGUGCCAUUUAGGUCCCGCCUCGCCGAACGUCCGAAGAGUGAGGUAAUCAGACCGCGAAAAAAAUCUCGGUUUGAUGUUCGACCAGCAUAA